GAGCGGGAGCUGUCCACGGAGGACUCGAGCGCGGUGCCUGAGAUGAUCGAGCGCGAACUGCGGGCUCAGCGCAUGGACUGGCUGGACAGGACUGUCGGGGGCGAGAUUAGGCUGCAGGGCAUCGUUUGCGCCCAAGUUCCCAUCGCGAACGAGGAGAGGGCCCGCCACGCCCGCCAGGACGAGGACGGCCUCUUUCAGGCCAUGGAGGUCGACGAGGACGGCCGCCGCUACGGGCCAGACGGCCAGGCCAUGGAGGGCCAGGUGGACGAGGUCGCCGCCAGCCAGGCCGAGGAGGCCCAGAUGGACGAGGGCGCCGCCAGCCAGGCCAUGGAGGGCGAGGUGGACGAGGUCGCUGCCAGCCAGGCCAUGGACGAGGUCGCCGCCAGCCAGGCCAUGGACGAGGGCGCCGCCAGCCAGGCCAUGGAGGGCGAGGUGGGCGAGGUCGCCGCCAGCCAGGCCAUGGAGGGCCAGGUGGGCAUGGGCGGCGAGGACGCUGACGCAGAGCUGAGGAGCCCGACAGCGUCGGCGUCGGAGAACGAGGUCGAGGCCACGGUCCCUGCUGGCGACGAGGAGGUGCAAUUGGCCAGGGACAUGGAGCGCUCCGCGACGGGGGCGGCUGAGGAGCUCAUGACGGGGACUUCUAUGGGCGGAGGGUUGCAGUCCCUGCAGUCACGCUUGGAGCGUCGCGGCAUGCUCGGCUUGGGGGCCAGGUCUAAGGCCAUGGCGAGGCCGCCGCAACAGCAGCCCGAGAUCAACGCUGGCGAGUUUGUGCCGCACCAGGUCCAGGAGGAUGGGGCUACCGCGGGCGCGCCGCCAGCCCCGUUGGCUGAGGACGCGCCGCCAGGCCCGUCAGCUGCGGCGGCGACGCGCGCCCAGUCAGUCAAGCCGACAUCGGCACCAGCGAACGUCAUGGACGAGAAGAUCCGAGUCCAGGUGGAGGCGGCGAGGAAGCUGCUCGCGUCCAGCGUGCAGUGCCAGAUGAAGAUGAGCGAAUGGAGCAGCCGCUGCGGUGGGGCCGUCAUCAAGACGCUCCUUGAGCAGCAGUUCAAGGGGCAGCAGGAGGACAUGCUCAGUGCCCAGGCGAUCCUGAACCUUCUCGACGCGGUGGCACAAAAGGAGGACGGAUCCCUUCUCGACGCGGAGAGCUUGGCAGAAGAUGUCGCCCGUCCCCCCCGCGAGGGCAAGGCGGCAGUGGGCGGGCUCCCGCCGCUCCCGAGGGGAGACUCAGAGCUCGUCCUCGCGCCAGGGACCGCGAAGAGCUUGGAGUCGAGUCUCAACGAGAUCGCGGUGAAGCGCACCCUGUCCGAGGCGCAGGGCAACAUAAAGAACGUCCCCGCUGAGAUCUUGGCCCAGAUCGAGCAGCUGCAGAAUGGGAUUAAGGACGGCAUCAAGGCGAGGAGCAACGUCUACCAGCAGUUUGGCAGGUGGCUGGCGCAGAAGAUCAAGCAGGAUCCGAAGUUCGCUGAGGACUGGGAUGCGAAGGCAGCAGACGACCGCCGCGACUACAGGACCGAGUGGGCUCAGAGGAAGCUGACGGAGCUCAAGCGCAAGUACAUCCACAAGCGCGCGUACAAGAUGGUGGACGAGAGCGUCGGGACCUACUUCUCGUUCUCCCGCAUCGUCGUGGAGAACGCGAUCGCCGCGCGGCGGUACUGCGAGGCGUGCAUCGCCAUGGGCGGCGAGUGGCUGACGUACUGCUCGCUCACGCAGCGCGUGAAGUUCUUCUACGUCUCGCUCCAGCGCCGCGAGGUGAUGGAGAGGAGCUGGUCCGAGCACAUCGAGAACGAGGAUAAAGGCGAUGAGGGCGCCGAGCCCGCCGCGGCGGCUUCCGACACAGCCUCCAGCGCCGCGGCUGCUGCGCCAGCUGCUGGCGCAGCCAUCCGCCCCCAGCUCCCCGAGGAUCAGGCCGCUGCCGCGACGAAGAGGGAGGCUCCUGAAGAGGGUGGGGCCGAGCAGCCCAACGCCAAGAGGGGGCGGCGGGGGAGGGCCGUCACUGACGGUGCCGACUCCCACGCGGAGAUCACGCCAGAGCAGGCCGCCGCGAAGGAGGCCAAGAAGAAGGUGGCGACGGCUGAGCAGGCCGCCAAGAAGAUGCUGUCGCAGUUCCAGCAGCUCACGCAGUCGGUGGACACCAUCAAGCACUGCAUGGCUGCGAUGCCCGAGUGGAAGUGGCUCAAGGACCACAAGAAGAACAUGGACGACCUCGGUGCCGUGGAGAAGGCCGUUGCCGACAGCCGCACGGACCUCUUCAACCGCAUGAUGAGCGAGGAGAUGAAGAUGAUCAAGAAGGACUACGCCGACGCCGACAUUGUCAGGGACUUCAAUCAGAUCGUGACGAAGACCGCAGGG